GCAUCCAAAAGACUCAAGAAAAAUCAGUAGGAGUCUCGAAAUAUUCAGAGAAUAUGGAACUUGCCAUAGCACUUUAUUGGAAAAACAGCAUUCAGAGUCUGCUGAUAUAAGGGGCAAUUUACGCUGGGAUGGGGUUCUUCUGUUUUCUAUUGAAAGUGACCAACAAGUUUUGGAUAAACGACUUGACCUCCGAGUUGAAAAGAUGCUUGAGCUGGGACUUUGUUCAGAGUUAGACAUGUUCUCAGAUAAAAUUGAGAGCCUUGACAGUGGUCUGUUAAGACAAGUUAUUGGUUUCAAAGAGUUUGAAUCAUACAUUCUUUUGAAACGAUCAAAAAAUGUAAAUCCAGCAUCUCUUCAGGAUGCCUUGAAAGAGGGUAUUGUAAAGAUGAAAAAUGUAACCAGAAGAUACUCUCGCAAACAAGUGCGGUGGAUUAAAAACAGAUUGGAAGACGACAACAUGUGUUCAAACUAUUUUUUCAACAGGCUCGACUCGACUUAUCCCGAGCAAUGGGAAGAUGUCAUUUCAAAACCAGUUCAUAGUAUUGUGGAUAAUUUCCUCUCUGGGGCUUUACAAAAGACCAUUUGUUUUACAGUCCGAGCCCACAAGACUGCUAACCGUUGUCAGAUUUGCGAUGUUACCUGCAUUGGAGACGAUUCAUUUUCUGUGCACAUGAAAUCUCGCAGACACAGACGUAAAAAAGCAUAUAAUCUGAGAAAGCCGAUCUUUGAACAAAAUAUUGCAGCCAAUAAGAAAAAGUCUCUUUCGUGACAUCUACUUUUUAAAACACUUAGUUGGCUGAUAUAUUGCAUACAUAUUUCUGCUAAUAAUUGUGGUUCACCAGCUGUUUUAUCUGUAACAAUCAAGAAAUUGUCGAUUAAAACUGUAUAAUAAUGAACAGCUUUUUAUGGCUGCAAAAAAGUUGAAUCUAACCUUUGAAAAUAUGCCGAUUAUCAUUAAAAUUCAAAUGAACAGUUAAAAAUAAUGAGUAAUGACCAGUGUUAACUUGACUCCCAAUAUUUGAAGGAGAUGCAUGAUGUAUGAGAGCUAUAUGAUGCAGAAUGCGGAUAUGGAUACUCCUCCUCAUACUCCCAUCUUCACUUUGCUUUCACAUUGAUCCUGACGAAGAGUUUCAAUGUCCACCCCAAGACCCCCCCUUUCCAGUAAAACCUUGGUCCCGGCCUGAGGAAAUAUUUCUUCUCUCUGAGGUGUUUGCCAGCUCUCACUCCAAUAAAGGAGCGUAUCAUGUGAUCGACGAAACAAAAUACCAGUCUGUUACAACUGGUCAUGUGUCAGUUUUAUUCUAUCCUACUGAUUUAGAGAAAUGCCAAAAAGAGUGCGCCAUACUGCAGCGUAUAGACAACUCCGGGCGUCUAAUGACCCCACAAAUAUACGUGACAAACUCAUACAAACUCCUGGUCCUACUGUACGGAUUUGGAACUGGCAAAGUCUUUAAUUACGAUAGGAAGAUAAAGCUAUAUACUUGGCAGAAGGUGACAUUGACAAUGGAGGAGGAUGGUAUCAGAGUGUGUGUCAGCUCCUUGUUUGACUCUCACUGUCACAAGCUUCUGGAUAGUCUCUACCAGUUCUCACUUAACGGUGCCUGGAUAAUAGGGGGAAGUGCUCACAGGAAAGGAAUGCCGGGCUUGAUAAGAGACAUUACUAUUGUGCCUGGGGACUCUCAUCUCGCGUUGAGGAUGAACGAUGCCAACUUUAUCAACAAGGCCCUGACUCAUUUCGUACCGGAGAUAACAUUGCCUAUAGCUGAGAUCUUCUUCCUUUGUCGAGCACACGAAGUUGGUGGUGUGACCAUAGUGACGUCACUGACAGAUACUGACUUCGAGUGUCCAAAUGACGCAUACACGGGCGAGCCCAAGUGUUACAAACGUCUGAACAAGAUAAUCAAAAGAUCUGCGAUAAAACGUGUCGCACUGGAAGCUGGUAUCAUUGAAAGUCAGCUUACUCCUUUUUUAAACUGUUCAAAACCUGCUGCUGGACAGUGGAUAAGAGAUAAUCUACCAGAUAAGUCGCUCUCUAACCUGAGCGGAACACUGUAUACAGCUGGAAAAGAGCUGCUGAGGUCUGAGUCUUAUUGUAGUGGGGUGGUUCUGCUCGUCUUGAGUGGUUGUUACGGCUCACCUGAGACAUUGUUCACUCUUGCAGCUUUAUUCAAAACUGGUAUUCUUCUCCCUCAAAACUCAUUAUUGGGCAGAGAGUUUACGCUAGUUGCAGCGACACAGAGUUCAAUACUCGCCAAUCAAGCUCUUGCUUCACAAACUUCCGCCUGCCCUCUACAAUUCGCAUACCACGGCGCGGUGGCAGAGCGCUUCAUGUUGGAGUGGAAGCGAGCUGAGUCAGAGGACCUGAUAGCGGAACGUACGCGCCUGAAACACGGCGAGUUGUCCCAUCAGGAGGGAGCUGAUGAUCAAGUCUUUCAGUUCUUGCUGAUGCAGGCUCAACAGGGAAAUCCAGAAGCUCAGGCCAACAUAGGACGUAUGUUUUAUUGGGGACAAGGUGGGGUAGAUAGGAACAUCGAAGAAGCUUUUGAGAUGCAACAUGCUGCAGCCCUUCAGAAUCAUCCUGACGGCCUUUUUGAUGCCGGGAUCAUGCUGCUUAAAGGACACGGAACGGAUAAAAAUACGACGAAGGCUAGACAAUACCUUGAAAAAGCUGCUAAAGCUGGUCACAAAGGAGCACCUGGAACUAUAGGUUAUCUGGAACUAAAUGAGAAUGGGAACGUGACAGGAGCAGUGCACUAUUUCAACCAAUCACAUCAACUUGGAGACACAGAUGCUACUCACAAUCUCGCCAUUAUACAAACAUUCUACGAAACGUUCGAUCCUGAUCCUUAUUACGCACACAAGAUGUUCAAGCUGGCAUCUGACGGAGGACACAAAGACGCUACUAUGAUCUCAGCUGAACAGAGUUUACACGGUAUACAUAACCAGACAGGAGAUUGUCCAUCCGCUCUCAAGUAUAUCAAGAAACUGUCGGAUCAGAGUAACUACGUAACAAGGUUGAUGCGGGAAGCAGUCAAGUCUUAUCAGGAUGGAAAAUAUGACGAUGCAUUUCUAGAGUACCUUAUUCUCGCUGAAUCAGGCAUCGAAAUGGCUCAGUAUAAUCUCGGAUGGCUCUGUCAACAAUUCCCAUUCGAGAUUACUCACCAAAUACCAGAGUGCACAAGAGAGUAUUACUCUAAGUCUGCUGGCAAUGGCUACGGUCCAUCACAAGCGUUUCUCGCAAACCAUCUCUGGAAAAAGGGAGAUUACUACGAAUCAGCGCGUUGGUACGCUAAGGCAGCGGACAACAAAGUUGAUGAGGGUCUAUUUGGACUUGGUUACUUCGCAAAAGAGGGGAUAGCCGUAGGUGUAGUGACAGUCAACAAAACCUCCAUUUAUUUUGGCCCAGAUCAGAACAUCACACUGACCAAAGAACUUUGGAGCGACUGCUUUCAUCUGGGUGGAGAAGAAGCUGUAGUUGGUUGCGGAGUUCCACUUCUCUGGUUUACUCUGACCAGCAUCUCACUUUCUACUCUUCUUACCACCCUCCUUCCUGCAGUCUCAGUCCUGGCUGUUCUAGCUCUCGUUGUGAGCCGAUGCACUAGCUCUUAGUUUAAACUAGCAGAAUUAAAUUUUUAAGAGAUAGCUUGAACUAUUAAAUUAACACACGCAUCGGUUAAUCUCUUCAGUGUUUCAUGCUGUUUAUCUAGUCUAUCUCGAAAACUUGCUUGUGGGUUUUUAGUUAUUUUUGCGCAUUCAUAUCAAGACCAUGCAAAAUAUAUAUAUAUAUAUAUAUAUCAAUUUGAGCUUUCUAAACAAAAGUGUAAUAUUUCAGUGAUCUGUUUGGAAAGAAAUGUUAAAUAGGAUCAGUCUGAAUUGAAAAUUCAUAACAUUCAUGCCGUUUGAUUGAAUUCCAUCUUUCAGUUCAUAAUUAUUCCUUUUUUAGUGGUUGAUCUAGAUUUUGAGUUUUCAGUGCGAAUUUUGUAUUAUAUCAUAAUUGAUGGGGUUAACUUUCAGAAUUUUUAAUUUACGAUUGAGUUUCUAUAUAAACCGAUGAGAGCUGUGUUAUAAUACAGUUAUUUAUAAGUCGUCUGAAAUAUUAUGUUGAAACUUUUCAAUUCAAUAAAGAAG